AUGGAUCCGUCUUCGCCGUCCAUGCAGUCUCCGAGCAGCACUGGUGCACCCCGGCGGCGGGUUAGGCAGAAGAGAGCUGUGGCUGCGUCUCCAACCGCUGUGGCCGCUGUGGCUGCCACCGUCACCAGUGCACAUGUUACCAGCGAGGGUCGUGAGGCAUCUCCGUGCGGUGUUGCUGUGGUCCAAGAUAAGUGCGAGGAGGAGAACAGACUUGCCGCGGCGCGAGAGCGCGGUUUGUGGGAUCUGUUCCAAUGGCCUCGCCGCACGAUUCGGAAGUUUAUCCAGUACGUCAAAGAAUGCAAACAAGCAGGUGAUGACUUCCGAUUGACAAGGCAAAUAGCAGAUCGGAUCAGAUCAACACAGUCUGAUGACGCAACAGGAAGUACCGUGGCAGCAGGUCAGGUGCGUGACAAGUCGCCCCAAGGGCGAUCCGUUGAGGAGGAUGCUUUGCUAGGUUUGCACAAUCGUUUGAAUGCCACAACUAUGAGCAGUUCGUUUUCAGGAAUAGACACACCUGCCACGGCAUUCCUCAUGUUGCAGCAUGCGGUGGGAUGUGAGUUGGGUAUCAGCCCAGAUGAUAUUGAGAGGCCUCGGAAUUACUUCGCAAUCGAAUGGUUCGGCAAUUCCCAGCAAGAGCUACUCGUUCACCCACAUGCAGCUGAACAUGUCUUCGCAGAUAUCUCCAACUUUUGGAACCCCGCAGUCUUUGAAAAGUUGGAGCGCAUUCUCGCAGAGAACUUGGUUGACCAGGUGCUCUUGCCAUUGAUCCAGAAGGGCAAAGCCACACGCACCACGGCAUACUGCCUGAAGCAUGGGUUGCUACAGCAAGUACUCGGUGAACUGUACUUUGUGCAAGAGUGCAUCCUGAACCCAUGCCACUUCGGGUUUCCUGUGGUCAGGGAACGCAAAUGGGUUCUCUUGCGGCAUCGGUACAAAACCGGAGCGUUUUCGUCACCGAUGAACCUUUUCACUUCCAUGUUCGCUCAGGCAAAGCAGGAGUGCACCCGGACAGGCAUACCGGCAUGGGAUGUGUACUUUGCAGGCAAACCGGAGGACAUGUACCAGGAGCUGCUGUGGGCGUGCUCACGUCCGGAGUCUAAAGCCAAGACAACAAGUGGGUGCUGUAAGUUUCAGUCGCUGGCUGAAUUUUUGCAGGCGUACCACACUGAUUUCGAGUCGGUUAAAGAUGAGUUCCUUCGUUCUUUGACAGAGGCCGAAACACGCUUCCUGGUCGAUUACCGCGCUUUGGCACCUGGCAUGGCAUACUCACUCAAUCAGAACCCCGAGUCUUUUGCCAACAAGAGUAGCCCGGAGCAAUUGCAGACGCUGAUCCGCAAUGGUGGAAUCCUGUGGUCCGACUUUCACGGUCGGUUCCUGCUCGCAAAGGAAGCUCUGAUGGCGCAGGGGAUGCCUGUGUAUGCCGACAUGUUAACGCAGGGUGCUGGUAACGGCAUGCAUUCCAUGACAGCAGGUUUCACCUGCGAUGACGUUUCUGGGGAGUGGGGAGGGUCACGGAAGUCUGGUGAGUCAGAUGCCAAAGGGUCGGCAUCGUUGCUCGCAGCUUCGGAAGCUAUUUGGGGAAACAGGAGUUUGACGGAGCGAUUUGGCGAUGCUAGCGGUCGAGACCUCCAGAAUAUGCUUUUCCAGACAUAUCAAGUCCCUGAGUGUAACCAUGGCCUCAUGACGGUGGAUUGGUUCCUGGCCGACGGCACAUUCCUGCGGGACCUGAACAACAAGUUCCAUGGAGGUGGAAGCAUUUCAUUCAUUGAGCUGAUCUCAGGAGCCGCUCAGGUGGAUGAGGCGUGGCGAGCCUACGCCGAUAGGAUGAAAAUCACUUCCCGCAACGUGAGUUCGUAUCACGACGAGUUCACGAAGUGGUUGGAGCAAUCGGAGUUCAAGGAAAAGUACACCUCGAAUUCCUUCAAAGCGGCGCGUGCCCUGCGCAAAAAACUGGUCAACUGGGGGAUGCUGAAGUUUUUCGAGGAUUUCUUCUCGGCUUCGACAGACUUCCUCCACUCGGACCUGCAGUCAGGUCACGAACGCACGCUGCUAAACCUCAACCAGCUGACAACCUUCCUAGAGGGCAGCUUCAAAGGUCAGCAUGAGUCACUGCUUGCGAUAUCCCUGAUGGAGCUUUUCAAGAUGUGCGUUCCUUUGUUGCCUUCUUCGGUGACGGAUAGCAAGAGUCGCUUGUUGCCUUUCGUGUUCAAGGGCGGGACAAAUUCGCAAGCUUUGAAUCAGGCGAUGGAGCGUUUGGCAUGUCCAGUGGAGGGAGCUGUCUUCAUCGAGAAGCUUGUGAAGGCGAGUUGCAAAGCCGCAGCUGUUGCAGCAAGUGCCUCUGGCAAAAAACGCCCCAGAGCUCCAGAGCUGGAGGACAGUGCAACGGCACCCAAGAGAGCGCCCAAGGCUAAAGCAAAAGCCAAGGGCAAAGCAAAGGCUGCUGGCAAAGCCAAAGCUGCGAAGCAGGGUGUGUUGCAGGACGGUGAAACCUUGGAGACGUUGCAAGGUGACGUGCUGAUGGAAAUGCACGAGGGCUUCAGACCUCGUUUGUGGUUUGAUGACCUGUUGUCAGCCGUAAGUGCUUGCAAGGUUCCAGUUCCCAAGCAGGGUGAUUUCGAGUCGACGGAAGCCAGAUUGUUCAGCACCAUGCUGGGUUAUGGGUUGGAGCUCGCUUGCACCGGAAGCAUUUCCUUGAACAAGAAGACGCUCAACUGCUGGAGCAAGGCUCGGCCGGCACUGCAAGCGCUGAUGACAAAGUGCAGGAAGACAUCCAGCGGAUCGUUGUCAGCACCGGCGGCAGCGUCUUCGGCGACAACAUCAGUCGAGGACAUUGUUGACAGGCUCGCGCAGGAAGUGGAGAUGGCCGAGGAGGCAGCUACCCAACGAUUUCUCAGUGCCCUAGACACAGGCUCGACUCCACUUGCAGUUGCCAAGACGGUUCUGGCCGACAAAGACACGAUGUACACGGCUGAGAAGUUCUUCAACGAGAACAUUUCCAGGAAUCCGAACAAGCAUCCUGUGUACGGACAGCUAUGCUCGUCUUUUCGAAACACGCUGUGCACAUGCCGAUCGCCGACGGAUGGGUGGGAUGUCCAAGACAACGACUGCGACUUCCACGAUUCCACGUUCACCAUCCCGGACAUCGUUGCUGGACUCGCAAUGUUGAUCGAACAGGUUGAUUUGAUCCCCUGGGUUCUACCACUCUUGGGGAGCAGCUGCCUGUUGUCAGCGGCGGCAACUCCAGAUGGGCAGCAGGAUCGUGAGAUGUGUUUACCUGAGGUUUACCUGCCUACUGAUUGCGUUGCCGGCUGCAUGGUCAGCUAG